AAGGGAAGAGCGCUCGCACUUUUCAGGAAUCGCACAUUGAAUGGACAUGGCUGAGACUGCUGAAGAGCUCUCAGGCAAGGACCAGGUGGACACCAAACCUGUGAUUAGCAAGAGGUCCCCUGCUAAUCAGCCAAAUCCCAGGUCUACUGAUGUCUGCGUCAUAAAACAAGACGCCGACCCUUACCGCUACAGCAUGGACUACCCCAAAAUGGGAAUCUGCUUGAUUAUCAACAACAAAAACUUUCACAAAGAUUCCGGGAUGGGUCCUCGUAACGGUACAGACAAUGACGCUGCUGCUGCUUGGAAGUCUUUUAUGAAGCUGGGCUACGAAAUCCAAAUGUACAACGACCAGACCGUGGAUCAGAUGAAAAAGCUGUUUCGCCAAAUGUCCAACCAAGACCACAGUAAGUUUGCCUCCUUUGCCUGUGUGAUUCUCAGUCACGGAGAGGAGGGCGUGAUAUACGGCACUGAUGGUCCGGUAUCGUUCAACAAGCUCAUAGAAUGCUUGAAAGGACGAAGCUGUUUGAGUCUUGUGGGGAAACCAAAGCUCUUCUUCAUACAGGCGUGCCGUGGCACGCUCUUCGAUGAGGGCAUAGAGCACGAUGCCAAAGACGAUACAUCAGAGAAGAUUCCCUUGGAGGCCGACUUCCUGUUCGCCUACUCCACCGUUUCAGGCUAUUACUCGUGGAGGAGCACCGCCAACGGGUCCUGGUUCAUCCAGUCGCUGUGUGAGAUGCUGGAGAAGUUCAGUAAAACACUGGACCUGAUGCAGAUUAUGACUCGAGUAAACCACAAGGUGGCGACGCACUUCGAGUCUUCUUCCAACGCGCCUGGAUUUAGCGGCAAAAAGCAGAUCCCUUGCAUUGUCUCCAUGUUGACCAAGGACUUUUACUUUCCUUACGAGUCCAAUUAAUGUCUGCCGUGUUGUAAACACAGAAACAAUGUAUUGGGGGUUUGAAGGGGUUUUUAGUGGUGCAGCCAGCUUCAAUCUGGUUA